AUACUGCCCCUAACCGCGAGCCGCCAUCUUGUUUAUUUUUGUUCACAUCCCGGCGCCUGUGAUCGUAGGUAUCUGAACCUAAUUUGUUUAAUAGCAGUUUGCCCCGUCAUUGGGGUAGAAUCUGCAGACAUUGGGCGAAUUGCUAGUAAGCACGUAAAAGGGACCGUCUCGCAGAGAAGUCUUCAGACUCCCGGGCGAGAUAAACAAACGGUCACAUUACCGCUGCUGGCUAAUGAUAUGAACAACGUCAACAUGAUGAACCAUGUCAACGAAAUAGUCGUCAACAACGAUGGUAUCAGAGCAGAAGCAGAAGAAAUGGAUACUGAUCAGGAUGGUAAUAACUGCCAUAAUGGCAGCGAAUCUCAAGGUGCUGUUAAUGGAGAUGCCAAGCCUCCUUUAAGCAGUAAUGAAGAGGAAAUGGAAGAAGAUGAAAGUAGAGCAGAAGCCACAUUCCAGUUUGUAGUUGAAAAUUUCAGUAAGCUUGAAGAAUCUGUCCUCAGUCCACCAUGCAUGGUCAGGAAUCUCCCAUGGAAAAUCAUGGCCAUGCCACGCAAAAAUCAUACAGAGAGGCAGAAAAGCUUAGGUUUUUUUCUUCAGUGCAAUGGAGAGUCCGAAUCAACGUCAUGGUCCUGCCAAGCAUCCGCUGAUUUAAAAAUGCUGAAAUGGGAUCCAGAUGGAGAACCAUGUAAAAGAAGCAUUCAGCAUUUAUUUUACCAUAAGGAAAAUGAUUGGGGAUUCAGUCACUUCAUGGCAUGGCAAGAUGUACUAGACCCAUCAGCAGGUUUUAUCAAAGAUGACAAGAUUAUGCUGGAAGUUCAUGUCACAGCUGAUGCUCCUCAUGGUGUCAGCUGGGACUCAAAAAAACAUACUGGUUUUGUAGGCCUGAAAAAUCAAGGAGCUACUUGUUAUAUGAACUCACUGCUGCAAACACUUUUCUUUACCAACAAGCUCAGACGGGCAGUCUAUCUUAUGCCUACUGAAAGCGAUGAUAGUACCAGAAGUGUUCCACUUGCUCUUCAGCGAGUCUUUUAUGAGCUGCAGUUCUCAGACAAACCAGUUGGAACAAAAAAACUCACAAGAUCAUUUGGAUGGGAAACCUUGGACUCCUUCAUGCAACAUGAUGUUCAAGAACUCUGUCGUGUGUUGUUAGAUAACAUGGAAAGUAAGAUGAAAGGAACAUGUGUUGAAGGAACAAUUCCAAAACUCUUUGAAGGUAAAAUGUUGUCUUAUAUUAAGUGCAAACAUGUGGAUUAUGACUCAAAAAGAGAAGAAACAUUUUUUGACAUCCAGCUCAACAUCAAGGGAAAGAAAACUGUUAUGGAAUCAUUUAAGGAAUAUUGUACAGUAGAAACACUUGAUGGAGAAAAUAAAUAUGAUGCUGGAGAGUAUGGGCUACAGGAGUCUGAGAAAGGUGUUGUAUUUCUCUCAUUUCCUCCUGUGUUGCACCUCCAUCUUAUGAGAUUUAUGUAUGACCCAGUCACAGAUGCAAAUAUUAAAAUAAAUGACAGAUUUGAAUUCCCUGAAAAGUUGAGCUUAGAUGACUUCUUACAAAAAAAAGAGAAGACAGUAGCAACUUACCUUUUACAUGCAGUACUUGUACAUAGUGGUGAUAAUCAUGGCGGGCAUUAUGUUGUAUAUAUUAAUCCUAAGGGGGAUGGAAAGUGGUGCAAAUUUGAUGAUGAUGUAGUCUCUCGGUGUACAAAAUCAGAAGCCAUUGAUCACAAUUUUGGCGGGCAGGAUGAAGACCUGACCGUCAGACACUGUACAAAUGCUUACAUGUUGGUGUAUAUACGUGAAAGUGAACUGAGUGAAAUCCUUGAACCUGUGAGUGAAAAAGAUAUUCCUGAUUCUUUAACUGCUAGAUUAAAUGAAGAGAGAAAGUUAGAAGCUUUAAAACGUAAAGAACGCACGGAGGCCCAUUUGUAUAUGAAUGUACAUGUGCUGACAGAAGAUAAUUUCUGUGGUCACCAGGGAAAUGAUCUUUUUGACACUGAAAAGGUCAACUACAGAAGUUUUAAAGUCAAGAAAUCUUCCACCCUUGCUGAAUUUAUGGAGACCUUAGCUGAAAAUCUGAAAUAUCCAGUACAGCAAAUAAGACCGUGGCCAUUUCACUGUCGGCAAAAUCAAACAUUUAGACCAACAAUUCUUGAUCUUGAGGCAGAUUUCAACAAACAAGUCUCAGAGCUUUCCGACCAGGAAAACCCAUGGGUCAUAUUUGUGGAAACACUCACGCCUGAAAGUGGUUUGCAAGAGUUACCACCUUUUGAUAAAGAUAGUGAUGUUCUUCUUUUUUUGAAACUCUAUGAUCCUAGAACUAAGUCUAUUUCAUAUGUUGGACAUGAAUAUGUACCUAUUUCAGCAAAAGCAAAUGAAUUGAUACCUCAACUAAAUAGGAAAGCAGGCUUUCCUGUAAACACACCCCUUUUGUUGUAUGAGGAAGUAAAACCAAAUCUAAUAGAAAGGUUAGAAGAUCUCAGCUUGCCCAUGGAAAAGUUGCUUGAUGAACUAAUGGAUGGUGACAUUAUAGUCUUUCAGAGGGAAGAAGAGGAUGCUCAGUAUCCUUUACCAACACCAAAGGAAUAUUUUAGGGACCUUUUCUAUCAAGUCGAGGUGACAUUCUGUGAUAAAUCUGUGCCAAAUGACCCAGGCUUUACCCUGGACUUGUCUCAAAAAAUGAACUAUGACCAGAUGGCCAAUGCAGUUGCAAGUCAUUUAGGCACAGAUCCUUAUAAGUUGCAAUUCUUCAAAUGUCAAGGUUAUAGAGAUGGACCAGGUAACCCAGUCAAGUGCACUUAUGAAGGCAAUUUGAGGGACCUCCUAGUCUACUCUAAACCUAGACAGCCAAAAAAACUUUAUUAUCAGCAGCUUGACAUGAAAAUUAGUGAACUGGAAAAUAAAAAGCAAUUUAAGGUGUUGUGGUUAAAUAGCAAAAUGAAAGAAGAGAGAGAACUAGUCCUUUAUCCAAACAAAAAUGGUAAGGUACAAGAUUUAUUAGAAGAGGCAAAGAAACAGGUGGAAUUAUCUGAAUCAGGCUCAGGGAAAUUGAGGUUGUUAGAAAUCAUAAGCUAUAAAAUCUUAGCUGUUCAGAAGGAAGACCUUGCUCUUGAUCAUUUAGUCAUUGGUGGAACUAAAACAUAUCGCAUAGAAGAAAUCCCAGCAGAGGAGGUGAACAUGGGAACAGAUGAACUGCUCAUACCUGUUGCUCACUUUCAGAAGGAAAUGUACCAGACAUUUGGCAUACCAUUUCUUCUUAAGAUUAAAGAGAAUGAACCAUUUAGUGCAGUUAAAGACAGAAUCCAAAAGAAGUUGGAAAUCCCAGAUAAAGAGUUUGAAAAGUACAAGUUCGCAAUCAUUGUAAUGGGUAGGCUUGAAUACAUUUCUGAAGAUUCCCAAGACAUUAGAGUUGAUCUCAAGAAGUUUUUACCUCAUUCUGUUCAAACAGGUAUGGGUAUGCAAGCAAGACCUUGGCUUGGUUUAGAUCAUGUUAAUAAGACUCCUAAGCGAGCACGCUACAACUACUUGGAAAAAGCUAUCAAGAUUCAUAACUAAAAACAAUAGGCAGCUCAAUUUAAAACCACAUAACAUAAAACUAUAUUAGUUCCAUUUUUAAUGCACCAUUAUUUAAAGCUGCAACAAAUGUUACUGUUGAAAAUAUAACGUUGGGUUUAUAACAUCUUUAUUUCUUAGUAUUUACCCUUCAAAAAUGUAAGUAUUUAAUGUUUACUCAGAUUUUUUUUCUUCUAAAUAGGGAAAAAUUGAAUUUUUGCAUUUAAUGAGUUAUUUUGUUUCUUCCCCCUCCCCCCUAAAGGUGCAAUAUUUUUUUUUAUCUUAAAGCCAACAUUUGAAAACUUAGCACAAUUAUUAUUAGUUAACUGUUUUAAAUAUGGUAUGUUAGUGAAAGAAAGCUUGUCAUUUUAGAAUGCAUUAGAACAUAUGUUAGAAAAACUAUUUUAAUCAAAAAGUUAAAACAAAUGUUUGAACUCUCUUUAAUUGAUUGGGACAGAGGUCUCAUGCAAAUGCCAUUAUAAUAUUGAUGGCUUGUACUUAUUCUUGCUGUGUAGAAUAUGGCUGAAAUGUUUUAAAUUGACUCUAGGGCUAUUUUAGAUCUAUUUUCCAAAAGAAAAUUGUGUGUGUAUUGUUGAACGCUUAAUGUAAAUGAUGUGUGAAUGAAAGUUUUAAAUAGCAGUAUUGAUGUAAAUAUUAAGUGAUGAGUGAAGGUGAAUCCAAGAGGUUUUCCCAAUUAUGAGAUUGUCUUAAACUGCAAUUUAUUUUAAUAUUUCUGAAUUCUGAUCAGAAGGAGUAUUUACAUAGUAUUUGCAGAUACUUUUGAAUCGAUUAUGUUAAAAAUUUGUCUUAUUUGCCAUAAGCUAUCUAUUGUUUUGGGAGAAAACUUACCUUUGGUCAAUGCUCAUUGCCAGUAAUCAACAGUGUUGAUAUUGAUUUGAGGUUGUUCACUAUAGGUGCAUUUUCUCUUUAUUAAGUCGGUAGACAAUAGAUGUGUUGAAAAUUUUAAUGAAACUCAUUGAAAUUGCUGAGUAAAAACUUAUGGAUUAAAGAAGUCCUUUUGUUACUUAAUAAAAACAAGUACACAAUGUUUUGUUAAAGAUUAAAUUCCUGAAUAAAACAAUAUAUUACUUGAACUGUUUAUUUCUUAUUUAAAUUCAGUUUAGGUUUUUCAGGAACAUUUUCACCAAACAACUAUCUUACAAUGCUAAGAAAUGUAGGUGUAUUAGUUAUUGUUUCAUCAAGUUUGUUUUAUCAUCAGAAAAUUUUAGUGUUAAGUCUGGCUUUUGAUACUAGAAAAUUUUUUUACUUGGGUUAUCAUUCUCAAAUGUUUGAAAAAAUGAUCAAAACAUUUUACCAGCUUUUGAUGCAGUUUAUUAUUUUUUUAACAUGUAUAUAAAUAUUUUCAGCUGUGUCACCUCUUUGUAGCAGAUUUUUACCUUAACCCUUAUAGAAGUUACUACAUUUCAUAAAGAUAAUGUUUGCAAAUAAAUUCUGUAUAUUUCAAACCUGUUUUGUUGUUCCUUUCAGUGAAAAGGUUCUCACUUUUGAGCAUUAAAUUAAGAAAAUAACUUGCUAUUGUCCUGUUCUUCUGAUUUGGUUGAAGGUUAAGCAGUUUGGUUUUUAAUGAAACAAAAUGAUUUAUAAAAUAUCCUAUUUUUAACUUCAAUAUUGAAGUUUAUAGAAACAAAAAGUAUUUUUAGGAUUUGUUAGCAAUUUCUUUGAGUUUAUCAAAAUUCUGUUAAUUUUUGUUGCAAGUAGAUUGAUUUGCUUCCUCAAUAUGAAAAAUGUGAUUAUCAAUGGUCAAGUUGGUAAUUUUACGAUAUUUUUAUUGUAUUCUGUGUAUAAUUAUAUCAUCAUCUUAUAUGCACUACUCAUGAAUACAGACUUUCAUUAAAAAUUUGGUGCUUUUUAAGGUGCUUAGUCUAAAUACUAAUGAAUGACUAAAACUAAAAAUCUUUCACUUGAACAAAAACUAUCUUUCUUACCACUGUAUUUUAUAACUAACUAAUGCUGAUAAAACAGAGUAGUUUCAUAUUUUACUGUGAAUGCAGUGCAUUAAAAUGGACUACAAGUACACAUUUUAAUGUUGAUCUUUGUUACCGUCCUAAGGAAUUGUCCUUUUUUUUUAAAAAAAAUAAUCCUUUUUAAUUUUAUGCAGUAUAUAUUUUAGUCGCGUCUAAUGUAAUGUUUCUAUUACAUACAACUACAAAUACUUCUCUCUAAAUAUCUUAUUUUUAAUAGUAUAGUAUAGCUGUAACGUAAAUUAGCUUGUUACAUAAGUAAUCUCUUUUUAAUCUUCCACAUAUAGAAAACAAUUAUAACAACUGGAUAAAAGUUAGUCUUGUAACUAACCAGAUGUAAGCAAAAUGCAAUAAAAAUACUUAAGCCUUGUUUUAAAUAUUUUUUUAAUUUGCAUAUUUUAUUUGAAGUAAGGGAAUUUUUUUUUUUUAAAUCUAUUAGUGUUAGUAAAAAAAAUUGCAAGUAUUUGUGUGUGUGGAUAUAAACAUGUGUAUGUAAGCACCACAAAACUAGCUAUUUGUAAAUCCUAGAUAAUUCAGAAUUUUAGAAUAUAUUAAUGAAUGAAGCAGUGAUUGCUAGAUGGUUGUGUUUAAACCUAUUUAUAAACUACUACGCUGAGUGUGAAUGAAAUAAUUUUUGCAAGGCAGGUAUUAUAGACUUGCACACCAUACUGUUUUCUAUCUUGUACAUUUUUUGUAAAUUUACAAAAAAAAAGAAAGGUUUUAUUACAUUGUGUUGUACAUUUUCAAUCUCAUUACAUAUUAAAAAUAAUUGUUUUUAAUUAAUUAUUUGAAAUGUUCUCCUUUUCUUUGACUUUAUAGAAAUUUGGAAAUAUGUUGCUACCAUUUAGAAACACUGUAUAAAUAAAAUAUUUUCUUUAAAAUUUUUACAAAUUCAAGUAAAGAUUAUUUUAUUGAAUUAAAUUGAAAUAGUCUAUGCAAUAAGGCAAGGCAGUGGCUCUCCACAUAUUUUAAUAAACAGCUAGGGCUGACAGUUUCAAUAAGUCAUACUCACAGGUAGCUAUAUCAAAUACCAAGAAAAACAAUAAAACUGACAUAUUCUUUAUUACAAUAAGAAAAAUGUAUUUUUUUCAAUUUGAAUGAUUGUACAUUUAAUUGUUAAAAACAAGUGUCAUAAUGCAAGUAAGAUUGAGAUCAUUUGAAGCAAUGUGUAUGGGGAUGACUCAAGUUGUAUUUUUGACCAAAAUGUCUUUUGUUUACAUGUUUCCCUAUUGCAUUAAAACUUGAUUAUAAUG